GAAACACACAAUCAGUUGACAUCAUGUCGCCAGAGAUCGAUUCUAGGGAAGAAUAAGGAAAAGAAGAGGAAGAAAGAUUAGCCAUAACUUCGAUCGACACUAACGAUUUCCCAAGGAAGCACUGGAUUCGGGGUGUUUCUCUUUGCGCCAAAGCAGCCGCGGGGGUAUUGGCACUCAACUUGGUCUUUGUCGGCAUUGCUGCUGGACUGGCAAGUCGGUACUCCGAAAAUGGCACUGGCGGCUAAAGUCGGUCGCUCUCGGCCAGCGCCGAUAUUGAAUGUGGGGGAUGCGAUAUCAUCAUUCAUGACAGGACCGGACAUGUACUUCGCGUCGGACGUGGUGGGACUGGGGUGGCCCAUGGUGACCUACGCCGUGACGGCAAACAUCCCCCAAGUGGUGUUGACCCUCACAUACUACUGGUAUAACCAGAUCCUGACCAAUAUGCUGGCCAAUGCCGAAUACUCCUCCUACGGGGUCAAGCGAAAAUCGCUUCGUGUCACCUGGCCCGCCAAGGACAGUCGACAGCGCUCCACAUACUACCUCAGUCUGCCAUAUCGGUAUUCGAUACCGCUUCUGAGCUUCUUUUAUGUUCUGGUGAUGCCAUUUGCCGAUCAGCAUCCGAUUGAGAACGAAAAAGUCAGCGAGCUGGGAUUUCUGGGGCUACCGAUCUUCUUGUCCCUCAUUGUGGGAUCGAUCAUGCUGUUGGCAUUGAUCGGGCUGUCUUUCCGCAAGUACCCAUCCAGUAUCCCGGUGGUGGGCUCCUGUAGUGCUGCCAUUAGCGCGGCUUGUCACCCGCCCAAGGACGAAGACCUGGACCAUGCAGCCCUCGGACUCCUGAUGUGGGGAGAGACACAAACCAUGCCCGCCUGGGAACCGGAGAGUCACGGCGAGACCAUGGAAGACAGGGGGCAUUGCAGAUUCACCUCCCUGGACACGGUCCCGCCCACUCUAGAGAAGCUGUAUGCCUAG